AGUCAGAGGAACCACAAAAGAAAGAGAUAAAAGAGAAACCAGACCUAAGGAUGGUGCUUCUUGGAACAACUGGAUCUGGAAAAAGUGCAUCGGGAAACACCAUCUUAGGAAGAGAGGAUGCUUUUGAAUCUAAACUAUCUCCGAAAUCGGUAACUUCAGAGUGUCAGAAGGAAAUGGAAGAGUUUGAAGGUCAAAAACUGGCUGUGGUCGACACUCCAGGUGUUUUUGAUAAUGUUCAAACUGAAGAGGAGAUAAAGACAGAGAUAAGGAGAUCCAUCUUCUUUGCUGCUCCUGGUCCUCAUGUGUUCCUGGUUGUGAUCCGUGUGGACAGAUUCACAGAGAAAGAACGAGAAACAGUGAGAAUCCUUCAGCAGAUGUUUGGAGUCCACUUAGCAGGAUACACCAUGGCCUUGUUCACACAUGGAGAUGACCUGGAGUGUGGGGGAGUCACUAUAGGAAAUUUCAUCAGGGAAGAUCCAGAUCUUCAUGACUUUAUCCGUCAGUGUGGUGGAGGGUAUCAUGUUUUUAAAAACAACCCUAACCCUAACAACAACCCUAACAACAACCCUAACCCUAGCAACAUAAGCAGAGAUCGCUCUCAGGUCAGAGAGCUGCUGGAGAAGAUCAACACCAUGGUUCAGAGAAACGGAGGAAGCUGCUAUAUAAACGAGAUGUUCAGACAGGCUGAGGAGGCCAUGAGAAAAGCAGAAGCAGACCUCAGGAUUGUUGUUGUUGGGAAAACUGGAGCUGGGAAGAGUUCAUCAGGAAACACCAUCCUGGGAGGAAAAGCCUUUAAAACCGCAUCAGCUUCAUCUCCUGCCUCAGUGACAUCAGAGUGUCAGCAGGAAGCAGCUCUAUUUGAUUUUCAGACCCUGGCUGUAGUUGAUACUCCAGGCCUGUUUCACACUGUGUUCACCUUAGGCCAGGUGAACAUGGAGAUCAACAAAUGCAUUUCAUUGGCUGCUCCUGGUCCUCAUGUGUUCCUGGUUGUGAUCCAGCCAAACAUAUUUAUAGAUGAAGAAGGAGAAACAGUGAGAAUCCUCCAGGAGGUGUUUGGGGACGAAGCAGCUCGUUACACCAUGGCGUUGUUCACACAUGUAGAUGAUCUGAAUGUCUCCAUAGAAGAAUUCAUCAUGAAAACUCCAGCUCUCCGUGACUUAGUCCGUCAGUGUGAAGGAGGAUAUCAUGUUUUUAACAACAGAAGCAGAGAUCCUGCUCAGGUCAGAGAGCUGCUCGAGAAGGUCAACAUAAUGGUUCAGGGAAACGGAGGAAGCUGCUACACCAACCGGAUGUUGGAGAAGGCAGAGAAUGCUAUAACCAAAGAGAUGGAGCAACGUCAGAAGAAAAGGCCUGGGCUAAUGGCCACUGAAGCAAGAUAUGAAGCAAAAAGAAACAACGAGUUUAUUCGGGGCAGCUGGGUUGGUGCUGUUGCUGGAGCUGUUGCUGGAGCUGCUGCUGGAGUCGGUGCUGGAGUCGGUACUGCGAUUGGCACCGAGCUUACUCUUGGAGUUAUCGUGGGAGCUGCAGCCGGUCCAGUGGGACUGUUGGUGGGAGCUGGACUGGGUCUGGCAGCAGGAGCUGCAGUGGGAGCUGGAUUGGGUCGUACUACUGCUGCUAAAGUCAGGAAGCAGGCGUGUAUUACACAGUGAUGAAUAAUCACUCAGCAGCAGCUCGUUCAAGUCACACCAUUAACACAAUAUUCACAAGUCUUUAUCAGUAUGAUCAUUUUUAUUAUCCUAUUUGAUUUUCAUUGGAUUGAAUUAAAACUAAUUAAUAUUUUUUUUCCUUUUUUCACAAAUAGUACAUAAUUACAUAACAUAAUAAAGUGUACAAUUCAGAACCGAAAAUAAAUAAAUAAAUAACAAACAAAAACGAAUAAAACAAACAAACAAACAGACUGAUAACUAAGCACAAAACACCAGCUCAGGUCCAUCUAAACAAUAAAAAUAAAUAAAUAAAGAGAGAAUACAGUACAAUACCUGUGGUCCCAGUAGUAUGUUGCAGUUUGAACACUCAAGAGAAUCCUUGUAACAUAAUAUUAGAGACAUCAGAUUCCACAUAAUUCAAUUAUGGUUCCCACACCUUAAAGAAUUGGUCUGUUUUUGAGUGCAGUACACAUGUAAGAUAUUCCAAUGGCACUAGAUCCAACACUACUCUUUGCCAACCUUUAAUAGUUGGUGCUUUUUCAUGAAUCCAUUGGAGUAGUAUAUUCUUCCUCGCCGCAUAGGUGAGAACACAGUACAAUCUCCUAUUAUUCUUGGAUAUUAACCGCCGGCUGGGGAGGCCCAGUAUGAGAGACAGAGGGUCCAUCUCCAAUUCACAACCGAAAAUCUUCUCCAUUUCAGAUAACACAUUAGACCAAUAUUCUUGCAAUUUCAAACAUGACCAGAAGCUGUGUGUUAGGGUACCAAUUUCUGUCUUGCAUUUGAUGCACAUGGGUGAAAGGGUAGGAUUAUAUUGAUGUCUGCGAAAUAUGGAUAUAUGCAUUCUGUGUAUGAUUUUUAACUGUAUUGCUUUGGUACGAUUACAAACGGAGAUUGAUUUGGCAUAACUCCAGACAUCUUUCCACUCUUCAUCAUCAAUUGCUAUACCUAACUCCUUUUCCCAUGUGCCUUUAAGCCUCUGUGACAUCACUGAAGGUACAGAAUAUAAAGCCUUAUAAAAUAUCUUCACAGGUACCUCUUUGUCUCUUAAAAAUAAUAAUUUUUCAACAGGAGAGACUUCAUGACUCUCACUAAAGUUAGUACUAUGCAAGAUAUAAUGCCUUAUCUGUAAGUAACGGAAAAAAGUCUUGUUUGGGGAGAGAAUAUUUCUCAACCAUUUGGUCGGAGAAUAAGUCCCUCAGUCUGUGAAUUCCUUUGUUCUUCCAUUCCUUAAAACCUAUAUCAAACAUCCCAGGUUGAAAGUCAAGAUUAUUCACAAUAGGGGUAAACACAGAUGUUAACUUCAACCUUCCCUCAAUUCGACAUACUGACCACCAGGCCUUAAGUGUAUUAAGUGUGACUGGAUUAUCACAGCUCAAUCUAAUAUCUUUAAAGUUCUUAAAGAACAGUAAGUCCCUUAAUGGAUAUUUUGAAAGAGAAGUUUCAAUCCCCAACCAGGUAGAGUGUAAAUUAUUUGUGACCCAGUCAUGAAUAUAGCACAUGUGAGUACACAAUUGAUGUGUUCUAAUAUUUGGUAAAUCUAAACCCCCUACUGAACCUGGGAGCUGCAGUGUAGCCAUCUUAAGUUUUGGUCUACGUUUACUUCAAUUCUAAUUCAAUUCAAUUCCAUUUUAUUUAUAUAGCGCCAAAUCACAACAAAAGUCGCCUCAAGGCGCUUCAUACUACUCCAUGUAAAAGAGCUAACCCAGCCAUUCAGAUCCUUCAUCACCCUAUUUGAAAAUAUAACUGGAAUCAUUUGAAAAGGAUGUAACAGUCGAGGCAAAAUAUUCAUCUUAAUCAAAGCUAUACGUCCUAGCCAGGAAACGGGUAGGGAAUUCCAUCUCUCCAAAUCCUGCUUUACCUUCUCGAACAGAGGGACAAAAUUUGCUUUAUACAUUUGUUUAAAUUUUGGAGUUAUAAAUAUCCCUAAGUAUACAAAACCUGUGGGGGACCAUUUGAAGGGGA